AUGAACAUCAUUCUUUUUGGCGAUCAAACGGCGGACCAGUACUCUUUACUACGCAGAAUAUGUUCCAAGCGCGAUAAUGCAUUACUGUCUUCCUUUUUAGAGCGGGUGGCCGUUGUUUUGAGGGAAGAGGCCCACAUAUUACCACGUUGGCAGCGUUGCCUGAUCCCAGAUUUCUUGACAGUGGGUCACCUGGUGGAAGCCUACUACGAGAAUGGGAUGAAGAUACCACAGUUAGAGAGCUGUAUGGUGACUAUAUCGCAGCUCGGUCACUAUAUUGGGUACUAUGGGGAACACCCGACAGAGCUUCCGACUGCUACAAACAGGAGGAUACUGGGUCUCUGCACCGGUCUCUUUGCUGCCGUUGCUGUGGCUUCUGCACCAGCAUUGAGUGAUCUUCUUCCUCUCGCUGUAGAGGCUGUCCGUAUCGCUUUUCGCACAGGCACGUGCGUUUCGACGGUGAAGAACGCUCUUGAGCAGAACUCGGAGACCCGCGAGAGCUGGUCGACCAUCGUUGCUGGCAUCUCGGAAAGCAAUGCGCGCAAAGCAAUCUCUGAUUUCCAUGGCCGCAACAGCGUAUCAGCGUCUAAUCAGGCUUACAUCAGUGCUGUCAGCACCAUGGCCAUGACAAUCAGUGGUCCGCCUUCGAUUCGAAAACGCUUGUUCGAGGAGUCUGAAGCUUUCAGCAAGACUAACCGUGUCAAUAUACCCGUUUACGCCCCUUAUCAUGCAUCUCAUUUGUAUAGCUCGACAGACGUUUUAAAGAUACUGGAUUGCCCAGGCCGGCAAACUCUGCAAAAGUCGCGCCCACAUUCGCUAUUCCAUUCGGCAGCAACCGGAAUCUGCCAUAGUACCUCAAAUACGAUGGAGCUUAUGGAGAUAGCACUUACUGAGGUGCUUAGAGAACCGGUACGAUGGGACCAUCUCCUCCAGGAAGUCGUUUCGGAAGCCAUUUCGACAGGGUCCCAAGAAUGUUCUCUCUUCGCUGUCGGUAUGACGAAUAUCACCAACAGCCUCGCCUCAGCCCUCAAAGCAGGAGGAAUUCCGACCGUCACUGUGGUGGAUCAUUUGAAUUGGACCAGUGCCGAACAUUCACACGGACGCACACAGAACGACAAAAUUGCUAUUGUGGGAAUGGCCGGACGGUUUCCAAAUGCUGCUUCUCACGAACAGCUGUGGGAGUUACUUGAGAAGGGAUUGGAUGUCCAUCGAGAAAUUCCAUCAGAUCGAUUUGACGCCCAGGCGCAUUAUGACCCGUCCGGUAAAGGCAAGAACAAAAGUCACACGAAAUUCGGUUGCUUUAUUGAUGAGCCUGGCCUUUUUGACCCGCGGUUUUUCAAUAUGUCUCCCCGAGAGGCGGCGCAGACCGAUCCUAUGGGUCGCCUCGCCCUCACAACAGCCUAUGAGGCUCUGGAGAUGUCGGGCUAUGUCCCAAAUCGUACCCCCUCGACCAAAGUACAUCGUAUCGGCACAUUCUACGGACAGACGUCCGAUGACUGGCGUGAAAUCAACGCGUCUGAGAAUGUCGACACUUACUUCAUUACUGGCGGCGUGCGUGCUUUUGCCCCUGGCCGCAUUAACUACUACUUCAAAUUUAGUGGUCCAUCGUACAGUGUUGAUACAGCCUGUUCAAGUAGUCUGGCCGCUAUCCAGCUCGCUUGUACAUCCCUCUGGGCCGGUGAUUGUGAUACCGCCUGUGCAGGUGGACUGAACGUUUUGACAAACCCAGAUAUUUUCUCUGGCCUUAGCAAAGGACAGUUUUUGUCGAAGACUGGAAGUUGUAAAACGUAUGAUAACGAUGCUGACGGAUAUUGUCGCGGAGAUGGCUGUGGAACGGUCAUCUUGAAGCGUUACGAGGACGCUGUUGCGGACAAAGACAAUAUCCUUGGUUGCAUUCUAGGCGCAGCCACCAACCAUUCUGCGGAGGCAGUGUCUAUUACACAUCCUCACGCUGGAGCCCAGGAGUUUCUGUACAAGAGGGUCCUUGCAAAUGCCGGUGUUGAUGCCCACGAAAUUUCUUAUGUCGAAAUGCACGGGACUGGUACGCAGGCUGGUGAUGGUAUCGAGAUGACGUCCGUCACCAACGCAUUCGCUCCGAGGCACCGACAACGUCUCCCACAUGAGACGCUCCAUCUAGGUGCCAUCAAAGCGAACAUCGGACACGGCGAAGCUGCGUCAGGCAUCAACUCACUCAUCAAAGUCAUGAUGAUGUUCCAGAAGAACGUCAUACCAGCCAACGUCGGCAUCAAGGGAGUCAUGAACAAGACCUUUCCGAAGGACCUGCUCCAGAGGAACGUUCAUAUCGAAACGAAACAGGUAGCGUUCCCUCGACAUGGUGCUGAGAAGCGGAAGAUUUUCUUGAACAACUUCAGCGCCGCAGGUGGCAACACAGCGAUAGUUCUCGAAGAUGGUCCACUUCAGAAGGCCCCCACUGUAGACGACCCAAGAUCAUCACACGUGGUUACCGUGACGGCAAGGUCGAUCGCAUCACUCAAAAGAAACAUCGAGAACUUGACGAAGUACCUGGUGGACAAUCCGACAACAACACUGCCUAGCUUGUCCUACACGACGACUGCUCGGCGAAUCCAACAUAAUUAUCGUGUCGCCUUCACUUCGUCUGCUAUCACCACAGCGCAAGACAACUUGAGAGCGCAGCUCAAAGACUCAUACAGUCCUGCCGCUAUGGCACCUACGAAGGUUGCAUUCACUUUCACUGGACAAGGUUCACAAUAUACCGCAAUGGGUCAAAAGUUAUACAAAGACCUUCCAUCGUACAGGGCCGAGAUUGACCAGCUUGACGGCCUCGCACGUCUCCAGGGCUUCCCUUCGUUCCUACCGUUAAUCGAUGGGGCUGACGUGAAAACACUCUCACCGGUUGUUGUUCAGCUCGGGAUGGCAUGCGUGCAAGUUGCCAUAGCACGUAUGUGGUCUGCCUGGGGUGUAUCUCCGGUCGUAGUGGUUGGUCACAGCUUAGGAGAGUACGCCGCUCUCCAUGUUGCAGGCGUACUUUCUGUAAGCGACAUGAUAUUCCUCGUGGGACGGCGUGCGCAACUCCUCGAGUCGGACUGCACUGCCAACACUCACGGAAUGCUUGCUGUAAAGGCGAACAUCGAUACGCUAUCCAAUACUCUUGGCUCCGACAUGAUUGAGGUUGCAUGUGUCAAUGGUCCCGAGGAGACUGUUCUUUGUGGUACGAUCGCUGUCAUCGAGUCAACCAGCAGCAUCCUGACCACGCGAGGGAUCAAGUCGACCAAGUUGAAUGUCUCAUUCGCGUUUCAUUCUUCUCAAGUUGACCCUAUCUUGGCCGCGUUCAAGCAAGCCGCAUCCUCCGUUGUCUUCAACAAGCCAUCCAUUCCGCUGCUGUCGCCACUGACGGGGAGCGUUAUCCGUGAGGCCGGUACUGUCUGUCCAGAAUAUCUCGUUCGCCACGCUCGCGAGACUGUCAAUAUGUGGGCAGCGCUAGACGAAGGCAGUAAUGUGAAGCUGGUAGAUGAGAAGACGGCCUGGUUGGAGAUCGGCGCCCACCCAGUAUGCAGUGGAAUGGUCAAGAGCUCCUUGGGUGGAUCACCAGUUGCUGCUGCCUCAUUGCGCCGGAACGAAGACCCUUGGAACACUAUUGCCAAUAGCAUUGCCACCUUAUUCUUAGCUGGCGUGCCUUUUGACUUCAACGAAUAUCACCGGGAGUUUAACGACGCACAUCAGCUCCUGACUUUACCAACUUACUCUUUUGACCAGAAAAAGUACUGGCUGGACUACCAUAACAAUUGGACCUUGACGAAGGGUGAGAGUCUGAAGAGCAUCGACCUAAAACCGGCACCCAUCGUUGAGACCAAGUCGAAACUUUCUACCACAUCAUGCCAACGCAUUGUACACGAGGAGCUUCACGCCAACACCGGAACCGUUGUUAUUCAGUCAGACUUGGCAGAGCCAAAGCUUCACAAGGCUGUCAGUGGUCACCUUGUCAACGACUCUGCGCUUUGCCCGUCAUCAUUAUACGCUGAUAUGGGAUUGACUGUGGCAGACUAUCUAUACAAGCAACUCAGACCUGGGGCUCCCGAAGUAGCGUACAAUCUCUGUAAGAUGGAAGUUCCGAAACCGUUGAUUGCCACACUCCCACCUCCACCAGAAGGCCAGCAUAUCCAGCUAGAAGCAACAGCUGAUCUUGAGCUGAGACAAGUUCAGCUGAAGUUCCGGAGUGUCACGCCACAUGGCAAAGUACUCGUCGAACACGCACAUGCAACAGUGCGUUACGAGGACCCCGAGAAUUGGCGAGACGAGUGGCGGAGGACUCAAUACAUGGUUCAGACCCAGAUCGACAUUCUCCAUCAAAAGCUUCAAUCUGGUGGCGCCUCCAAGAUCUUGCGGGGUAUGGCAUAUAAGCUAUUUAAGGCUCUUGUUGACUACCAACCAGCCUAUCAGGGGAUGGAGGAAGUCAUUCUCGAUGGAAAAGAGACGGAAGCCACUGCUUCUAUCCGAUUCCAAACUACGCCUGAUGAUGGAACCUUUUACUGCUCACCGUACUGGAUCGACUCCCUGGCUCAUAUCUCCGGCUUCAUUGUUAAUGCGUCUGAUGUAGUGAAUUCUGCAGACAGCGUAUACAUUUCCCACGGUUGGAAGGAGGUUAAGAUCUCUAAACCUCUUUCGGCGGACAAGCAAUACCGCUCCUAUGUUCGCAUGCAGCCCGCUCCGGGUAACGUUAGAGUCGGAGACGUCUACAUACUAGAAGGUAAAGAUAUCAUUGGCAUGGUCACCGGACUUAAAUUCCAGGAGAUACCGCGACGUGUGCUGAACAUCAUGAUGCCGCCUGCGAAAAAGGCUAUUGGACGGCCAACGCCUGCUCCCAUCGAAGCCCCUGUCUCUGCAGUGACGAUUCCAAAAAUCACUACCAAGCAAAUCAUCAAACAAAGACCAAACCAGGAGAAGAGGCAGCAAGCAAAGAAUGUCAAAGCGGUUGUUGCUAAGCAAGCCGGAUCAAUAAUCAGUAGCCGGGUCAUGAGUAUCAUCUCAGAAGAGACCGACGUGGACAUGUCCGAACUCGUAGAUGAUGCCGCUUUUGAGAACCUUGGUGUCGACUCUCUCAUGUCUCUGACUAUUUCUGCCAAGUUUAGAGAGGAUCUCAACAUGGACAUUAGUUCCACACUCUUCACUGAUUAUCCCACAGUCGGAGCCAUGAAACAAUUCUUCGCACAAUUCGAUGGUGGUGUACCGCUACCAGAGCAGUCUGACUCCGAAGAUGAUGAUAGUGUACCUUCCGACAAUCUAGAGACCCCCUGUGAUGACGGGCUGUCGGAAACGCCGCCAAGCUCAGUCCCGAGCUCGGUCGCCAGCGAUGCCGGGAAAGAUAUUCAAGGGAAGGGUGAAGCUAUCCACCUUGAAGUCAAUGUGAAUCCUGCAGGUCUACCAAGUCUUGCCCGCAAGAUCGUCGCAGAAGAGAUGGGCGUGUCAGUGUCCGAAAUCUCUGACAAGGCCGAUCUUUCAGAGAUGGGUAUGGACUCUCUCAUGAGCUUGACAAUCCUGAGCUCCCUUCGCGAGCAUACUGGGCAAGAGAUACCUUCAGAGUUUCUUGUGGCAAAUACAACCAUAGAGGACAUAGAGAAUGCUCUGGGUUUGAGACCGAAGGCUAUCGCUGAAGUUCGCCUCACUUCUACCAAACCCCACGUCAAGCCAAAGAGGCCGUCCCUCGCCGUCGUUAACAAGAAGCUUCAAGUCCGUAAUAUCGCGAUGUAUCCCCCUGCGACAUCUGUGCUUCUACAAGGAAAUGCUAAGAUAGCAACGAAAAAGCUCUUCCUGCUUCCUGACGGCUCCGGUUCCGCCACUUCAUAUGUCUCAAUACCCAAGAUCUCUCCCGAUGUCGCUGUUUAUGGUCUGAAUUGUCCUUUCAUGAAGACCCCAACAGACUUUACCUGCGGUAUAGAGACAGUGGCGGCUAUCUAUGUUGCUGAAAUGAGACGUCGUCAACCCAGUGGCCCUUACAUCAUUGGCGGAUGGUCUGCUGGCGGUGUCAUCGCAUAUGAAGUCGGCAUGCAGCUCAUAAACCAAGGCCAGGUCGUCGACCGUCUGGUAUUGAUAGAUUCCCCAUGUCCUGUCAGACUUGAUCCAUUACCAGCCCGUCUGCACGUCUUCUUCGACUCAAUUGGUCUUCUAGGUACUGGAAAGCCUGGUGGUACUCCUGGCUGGCUGCUACCGCACUUUUCUGCGUCCAUUCAGGCGUUGAAGGAAUACGAGCCUGCUCCUAUGGAUCCAAAGAAGGCGCCAAAGGUCUGCGCUAUCUGGUGCACUGAUGGUGUCUGUAAGCCCGGCGACCCAAGACCUCCUCCUGGCGAAGGAGAGGAUCCAGCGCCUAUGACGUGGCUUCUGAAUGACCGCACAGAUUUUGGUCACAAUGGCUGGGCACAACUUAUGCCAGAGGAGAACUUUGAGUGCGCGGUGAUGGGAGGGAACCAUUUCACGAUGAUGAAAGAUGAUCACGCUAAGACGCUUGGUCGUUUGAUUCAGAAAGGUUUGGGGAUCCAAGUAUGA